UUCACAAUGCUCGGACUUUCCUCAUCACAUUUGGAACUGGAUAUUAUCAUGGCCGAGAUGUUUCUCAGUUGUUCAGAAACCUUUCCCGUUGACAUUGUAAGGUUACGACUGUCUUCAUCGUCAACGUGUCUGUUGUAAGCGACGUGGGGGCUUUUUAUCUGCUUCACAGGCCUGUGCUCCUUUGCAUCUCCCACAAUGCUUUGUCAGCAGGCCUUACUAUCUGAGAGUGAAGCAGAUAAUACACCUAGCCUAUUGUAGCGGUCAUUACCUCUAUUCAGCACUACACACACGGUCCAGUCUGAACAAUACCCCAUUGUCAGCCAUAACAGAGACAUCCUUCUGCAACAAUGUCCAGGUCAGGAGAUAUACCAGCCCUGGAGUCUGGGACCACAGAGGGGCUCCUGGGAGGCAUGUCCCUGCCCAUUGGCAUGACCCGCCGUGCCAUGAGCUAUGAUGACAACAUGGAGGCGCCCAUGUCGCCCCCUCCCUCUGACAUCAACAUCAACAACCUGUGGGGGAGGAGGCCCGUGGUCCCAGACAGGAGGUUCAAUCAUCUGGCUGAGGAGGAUGAAUCUGGAAAUGCCCUGACCCGUGCUGCCACGUUUGACGCUGGCCGCAUGCCUCAUAUGCCAGUAGCGGUGAAGGCCAAAGCCUCCUCCAUCAUUAUGAACUCUCUGAUGACCAAGCAAACCCAGGACAGCAUGCACAGGUUUGAGCAGCAGGCUGGGCUGAGAGACACUGGCUACACGCCCCAUAAGGGCCUCACUGCUGAGGAGACCCGCCACCACCACCGCAUGCCUGAGUCAUUCCAUAAAAUGAAUAUUCAAAGUAUGGACAUGGGAGCAGGACAUAAGGGAGGACAUGAGGACAAGCAAACAUCAUCUGCUCAGUCCACCCCAAAUAGCACUCCUCAGAGCUCACCCAAACAGAAACGCAGGGGCUGGUUCACCAGCCAGAGCUCGACUGCGUCUGUCACUAGCUCAGACCUCAGUACCAGCUCUAACACCAGUGUGGACAUGGGUGCUGGUGAGGGGGGAGGAGCAGUCGAACGCUGGGGUAUGUUUCGACCACGUCCGGUUGUCCAGAAAUCCACUACCGACCCCGGUAUGGACAACGCAAACACAGGGGGUUUUGCUCUCCAGUCGUACCGCGGGGCCCAGAAGCCCACCCCAAUGGAGGUGAUGAAGGCCCAGGCCACUCGGCUGGCUGAUGACCCUACUGUCGACAAACAGGCCCCACCCAAGAUGGAGAUCCCCACCAUGGAGGGCAGUAGACGGUCAGCCCGGCCGCACAAACUCAAACCUCGAGACAUGAACAUCCUCACUCCCUCAGGCUUCUGAGAGGUACCAUGUCGUCACUACUCCCUAAUGUGCUACUUGGUCAAGUUGUUGUAGCUGGUCUACCCUCUUUCCUCUCCUGACUUUCAUGAUCUGAAAUGAGGUCCCUUUAAUGUCUGUGACUGAAUCUGAGAAUCUUCACAAUUUCCAAAAAGAAAAGCAUCCUGUUGUGUUUGAUAAUAUAGUAUUUGGUUUAGAAGUUUUCCUCCCUUGCACUAAAAUUUUGUUGUUUUUUUGGUUUCUGUGAUGAAGUUAUUGUGCCAUGUUGAUGUUGUUUUGCCUCAUCCUUUGUCUUGUAAGGGAACUGUGUAUUUUUACUUUGUAUGUAUGGUCCAACUGUAAAAAUGUUCUGAUACAUGAUGGUGUUCAAAUAGUAACUCUCACUGUUUGACAAAAACUGUAACAGCCACAAUGUGUAGUGGUUUGAUCAUUCUGUUUGGUUGUGAAUCUCAUUCUCCAGAAGUAUCACUAGCUUUUCAUUGUCUGCAGAUUUCUGUACCGAUAAGAUGUAAUGAUUCUCAUUGUCAUGUCUCCAAGAACUUUGUGGUGAUUAUUGUUCACCCUGGAUGAAGUGUGGUUUAUGUGCGUCCGCAUUCCUCCUGUCAAGAUGACCCUUUUGGAGUUAAAACACUGUUAGUAAAACACUGCAGUAGAAUAUUAAUAUGACAUGUUACAUGUUUACCAGUGAAGUAUGUAAUGACUUGACUAACCCUGUUUAGGUUCCCCCCCCCCCCCUAAUAAAAAA